AUGAACACUAAUAUAUUGUUUAGAAUAAAUAGUAGGUUGUUGAUUUUCAGGUUAUUGGAUUGCAGAUUCACUAGUAGCUUGGCUAGGAGCACCAAAGGGAAGGAGUAUGAAGAAAGGCUGAGACCAUUCGCCUUUAAUAUCCCAUUACCUUCGCUAUACGAUCGCGUUCAUUUAUUUGUAGCUAAAUGUCUUACAUACGGGUGGAUUUGGGUCGGAGUGAGUCUGUUAUGCCUAGGAUCUAUGGGCUCUAUAAAGAUGUACGCUAGGCACGAUGAGAAGAAGCGCUAUUGUUUAUAA